AUGCUUGGGGUUUCGGAUAUCCAGGGCUUGCGCUGCUGUGUCCUAGCUGCCGGCAGUGUCAGGACAUACAGAGUGCACUCUGACCUGACGCUACAGGAGGGCCCUGAGAAGAGAGUCGGGAAACCGCCGGACCUGGAGAGUGGCAGCGGAGGAGGAGAGGGCACUGAGUCUUUGUUUCUCAUCCCAGUGCUUAUUCCCUUGGAUGAAGUUCGAGCAGAGUGGGAAAGGACAAGUGGCCCCAGUCUGUUUCAUAUACAGAGAGUGGCAGAGCAUUAUGGAGUGUACCAGGAUCUUUUUGGGGAAGCCACAUUUCUUCCUAGGGUCAAAUUAAGAGUCCAGUACAAUACAGAAGAGGAUGCAGUGAUGCUUGUUUACUAUGGCAAUGUAGUUACUCCGAAGGAGGCUGCAGCCACCCCAGAGGUUUCAUUCAAGGCAGAGGAAGGUUCCCUGUGGACCCUAUUACUAACCAAUCCAGAUGGCCACUUGAGGGAGACAGACUCUGAAUAUGUGCACUGGCUGGUAGGUAACAUUCCUGGUAACGCAGUAUUUUCUGGAGAAGAGCUGUGUCACUACUUCCCUGCAUUUCCUGCUAAAGGCACAGGAUACCACAGAUACAUAUUCAUCCUGUUCAAGCAAGAGCAACGCAUUGAUUUCAAGGAUGAGUUGCGACCAAACCCUUGUCACAGCCUGAAGUUAAGAACAUUCAACACUUUGGAUUUCUACAGAAAGUACGAGGACAAGAUCACCCCAGCAGGCCUGGCCUUCUUCCAGUGUGCAUGGGACGACAGCGUGACCAAUGUGUUCCACAAUAUACUCAAUAUGAAGGAACUCAUCUUUGAUCACCAGUUCCCCCCAGUUUAUCAUACACCACAAGUGAAAUUUCCUCAUCUUCAGCCUCUAAGAUAUUUGGACCGAUACCGGGACUCUGAUGAGCCGACAUAUGGCAUUUACUAAUACAGGGAGACAGAUCGGAGCUUGUUUUUCAACCAGAGAUGAUUACCUGACUGAUGGACUUUCUGCUCGUGCUCAGGUCACACAGUGCCGCCAUCUAUAUGGAACUUCCUGCAAAUCACUGUAAAUGUCUGUACACGGGCACGUGCUAAUGACACACAAUAGAACAAGGGAACCAUCUUUUACAGGCAUACGUCUGCUGCCCCGGGAAGAAAAUGGUUACAUAAGAAGUUGUUGUAUUAAAAAAGUUGAUAACAAUUUCUGUUCCUUGGUUAUAAACUCCAGUUGUGGAUAGGUCACUGCUAUACACAGUUCUCUCCUGUUUUAAAACUGCAUGUGUUUCCUAAGGAGAAGAAAGUCACGUUUGGUGAAGUUAAGAUUUUCUGACCAUAAAAGUGCAGAAUUUGAUGUAA